GUCAGCUUGAAGUAUGUGGGCAAUUUACAUAGUGCUGAUAUGUCUACCCUUUGGGGUCUUAGGAGAAUCAAUUCCUGAAGAUGAACCAUGUGAUCCAGAUCCUUGUGACAGUCAUCCUUGUCAUAAUGGUGGAACUUGUUGUCCUACAACUGGAAUGGAGUAUUACUGUGACUGUCCUAGAGGUUUCAAGGGUAAAACAUGUGAUAUAGAAUUAAAUCCUUGUGACAGUCAUCCUUGUCAUAAUGGUGGAACUUGUUGUCCUACAACUGGAGGGAAGUUUAGCUGUGACUGUCCUAGAGGUUUCAAGGGUAAAACAUGUGAUAUAGUAAUAAAUCCUUGUGACAGACAUCCUUGUCAUAAUGGUGGAAUUUGUUAUCCAACAACUAGAGGGAGGUUUAGAUGUGACUGUCCUAGAGGUUUCAAGGGUAAAACAUGUGAUAAAGAAAUAAAUCCUUGUGACAGUCAUCCUUGUCAUAAUGGUGGAACUUGUUUACCUACAACUAGAGGGAGGUUUAGCUGUGACUGUCCUAGAGGUUUCAAGGGUAAAACAUGUGAUAUAGAAUUAAAUCCUUGUGACAGUCAUCCUUGUCAUAAUGGUGGAACUUGUUGUCCUACAUCUGGAACUGAGUAUUACUGUGACUGUCCUAGAGGUUUCGAAGGUGAUAAAUGUGAAACAGAAGUAAAUCCUUGUGACAGUCAUCCUUGUCAUAAUGGUGGAACUUGUUGUCCUACAACUGGAGGGAAGUUUAGCUGUGACUGUCCUAGAGGUUUCAAGGGUAAAACAUGUGAUAUAGAAAUAAAUCCUUGUGACAGUAAUCCUUGUCAUAAUGGUGGAACUUGUUGUCCUACAACUGGAGGGAAGUUUAGUUGUGACUGUCCUAAAGGUUUCAAGGGUAAAACAUGUGAUAUAGAAAUAAAUCCUUGUGACAGUCAUCCUUGUCAUAAUGGUGGAACUUGUUGUCCUACAACUGGAGGGAAGUUUAGUUGUGACUGUCCUAAAGGUUUCAAGGGUAAAACAUGUGAUAUAGCAAUAAAUCCUUGUGACAGUCAUCCUUGUCAUAAUGGUGGAACUUGUUUACCUACAACUAGAGGGAGGUUUAGAUGUGACUGUCCUAGAGGUUUCAAGGGUAAAACAUGUGAUAAAGAAAUAAAUCCUUGUGACAGUCAUCCUUGUCAUAAUGGUGGAACUUGUUGUCCUACAACUGGAGGGAAGUUUAGCUGUGACUGUCCUAGAGGUUUCAAGGGUAAAACAUGUGAUAUAGAAAUAAAUCCUUGUGACAGUCAUCCUUGUCAUAAUGGUGGAACUUGUUGUCCUACAACUGGAGGGAAGUUUAGCUGUGACUGUCCUAGAGGUUUCAAGGGUAAAACAUGUGAUAUAGCAAUAAAUCCUUGUGACAGUCAUCCUUGUCAUAAUGGUGGUACUUGUUGUCCUACAACUGGAGGGAAGUUUAGUUGUGACUGUCCUAUAGGUUUCAAGGGUAAAACAUGUGAUAUAGAAUUAAAUCCGUGUGACAGUCAUCCUUGUUAUAAUGGUGGAACCUGUUGUCCUACAUCUGGAAUGGAGUAUUACUGUGACUGUCCUAAAGGUUACGAAGGUGAUAAAUGUCAAACAGAAUUAAAUCCGUGUGACAGUCAUCCUUGUUAUAAUGGUGGAACCUGUUGUCCUACAUCUGGAAUGGAGUAUUACUGUGACUGUCCUAAAGGUUACGAAGGUGAUAAAUGUCAAACAGGUUUGUAA